UUGAACUUCGCGUAAAUUGACGCAAACUGCCCUAUGCAGCGCGGGCAGCAAGUUAACAAAAUGGACCGAUUUCUUAAUUCGAGCUACCCCAUGCACGUCAUCAAGCGAACCUGAUACUGAACAUAUAGCCUCAAAACGGUCUCGAACAUAUCAUUAAUCAUUUCUUCAGUAUGGAUUUACGGGCGUCAUCGAGAACAACGAGGAAAAGCCCAAAUGACUCUUGUGCGAUAAAUGUGCUGCCUACGGAGAGUAUGGAACCAAACAAACUUAAAAGGCACUUUGAGACAACACACAAAGAAUACAUGGGCAAGCCAAUAUCAUAUUUCAAAAGAGAACGUGAUGAGCUGAGCAGGCUGCGGAUGCACUUUAGAAAGGUUCCCUUCGCAAGGACAUUUGUGCGAAGCUCUCGACUACACCUCCUGACUUUGAUAAGCUGCAGUGCGACCAUCCCAUGAGACAUGGACCUUCGGCUGUUUUGGGAUUAUUUCCGCCAACUGAAAACGGAUUUUCCCGUACACCGCAUCACAGGGACAGGACAGAAGCGUACGAAGAGGUCUCUCUUCCUUUGAACCUCGGCGUCCAGAGAAUGCACCUCCAAUGAGGACCCCCCCUGACUGUAGUUAACCCCCUACCCCUCCACCACCCCCCCUGCCCCCCACCAACCGGACCAAUCAGAAGCCAUGAUCUAACGGGGACACCUUGCUGGCCGCCAUGAAAAGGCUGGGUGCCAACCGCAGCCGCAUCCUGUCCGACUCCUGUGACAUCAUGGCGGGGCCCCAGGAGCCCCUGUACCCGCUGGCCCCCGACCCCCACACCGCCUACCUCCUCAGCCCCACCAUGGACCACUACGGCACCCUGGAGUUCCCCCCUCCCUCCAGCCCCACCUCGCUGCCUCCGGAGUGCUUGAUGUCCCUCAGCGCCCAGCUCUCCAACAGCGCCACCUACCCGUGCAUGCAGUACAACUCCCUGGACCCGGGCGACCCCAUGGCCCUGGGGGCCGGCGGGAUCGGGGGCGGCAUCCAGACCGGCGGGGCGGGCCACUCCGUCUCCAUGGGGAUGGGGGCGGGGCUCGGCCAAAGCGGGGCGGGGCACAUGAUCACCAGCGGCUCGGCCACCAUCUCGGGCGGCGGGAAGGCCAACCGGCUCCCCGGCAACCUGCUGGACCAGCUGGAGAGGCGGGUCCAGGGAGGCGGAGGCGGGGGCGGGGGCGGGGCCGGCGGGGGGGCGGGGCCGGGGGCGGGGCCUCGCAACGGCUUCAGCACGCUGCAGUUCCAGCGCGGGCGCGUGGCCAAGCAGCGGAGCGAGAGCCCCGGGCGCAUCCGCCACCUCAUGCACUCGGUGCAGAAGCUCUUCACCAAGUCGCAGUCGCUCGAGUGCUCCGCCAAGGCCGCCAACGCCAACGGCGGCGCCGAGGGCGCCAGGGGCCGCCGCAGCAAGAGCAAGGACCGCGCCAAGACCGAGGGCGCCAAGCGCCGGCCGCGCUCCAACAUGUCCGGCCUCUGGACCUCCGAGGACAACCUGGACAACGCCGACCCCGUCCCCGUCAUCGGCGGCGGCGGCGGCGGGGGCAACGGCGUCGGCAUGGGCAUGGGCAUCCACCGCAACCCCGGCACCAUGAUGACGCUGGGCCGCACGGUGUCGGACGGCCAGGGCCCCGCCCGCUACUUCCCGCAGGGCUACAACACCAUCAGCGGCCACAUGCUGAAGGCCUCCAAGAUCAGCAACGAGCUGAAGUGCCCCCCUCCGUGCCCCGCCCUGCCGGCGCCCCGGGGGGAGGCGGGGGGUGGCGGGGCCGGAGGCGCCGGCGAGGCCAAGCUGAUGAAGCGCGGCUCCUGGUCCACGCUCACGCUCACCCAGGCCCGGCAGGUGUGCCAGAAAGGGCUGGCCACUCUGGACAAAUCCAUGCUCAAGUCCAAGUCGUGCCACCAGGACCUGGCCUACCAUUACCUGCAGGUAGGAGGGAGAGUUCCCCUCGGGGACUGGAACAGCACUUUGGGCCCGUCGCGGGGCUCCAGCGAGAUCCCGUGCCGGAGGAUGCGCAGCGGGAGCUACGUGAAGGCCAUGGGGGACCUGGAGGACAGCGAGGACUCGGAGGGGAGCCCCAAGCCCUCGCCCAAGAGCGCCGCCCGCCGCCAGAGCUACCAGAGGGCCACCCAGCACUCCCUGAGCGAGCAGCUUCCACCGCGCAAUUGCCUCCCUUCCCUGAGCGAGCUCUCCACCAAUCGCAGCCUGGAUAACCUGGACGGCCUGGACUGCAUGGACGGGCCGGCCGCCUCUCCCUUCCAGCCCUGGGACGACAUGGACUUCAGCCAGGGCUUCGGCACGCUGGGCAGGAGCAGCCUCGCGGGCCAGAUGCAGGAGCUGUCGGCGUACAGCGAGUCGGCGUACCGCCGGUCCGGCUGCGGGCCGGCGCCCAUGCCGGUGCUGCCGCCGCUGGAGCCGCUGGACCUGCCGCUGGCCACCUGCUUCCGCUCGCGGAGCCAGAGCUACGUGAGGGCGAUCCAGGCCGGCUGCUCCCAGGACGAGGACACCGCCUCGGCCGACUCGGACACCCCGCCCCCCACCACCACCGUGCGCACCUACAGCUCCAGCACCACCUCCACCUGUAUAACCACCUCUAAGAAGGCCCCGCCCCCGGUGCCGCCCCGCACCACCUCCAAGCCCUUCAUCUCGGUGACGGUGCAGAGCAGCACCGAGUCGGCGCAGGACACCUACCUGGACGGCCACGACCACAAGAGCGAGGCCAACAGCCAAUCGGGGCACAGCAACUCGUCGGACAGCCUGACCAGCACGCGAGCCGGCGGCCCGGCCAAGGCCCCGCCCCCGGCCCCGCCCGCGCCCCGAGAGCCCCCGCCCCGAGAGCCCCCGCCUCCCAACAGCCCCCCCGGGGACCCGCCCCAACAUGAAAUCCUGAAAAUCACCACCACCUGCGCCCGAGCUGACCCCCUGCCCAAGAGGAAGCUCUCCUCCAUCGGUAUCCAGGUGGACUGCAACCAGCCCGCUCAGAAGCAGGACACGCCCCCCUUGGCCCGGUUCCAGUCCAUCGGCGUGCAGGUGGAGGACGGCUGGCAGCAGAGUCGCUCGAACAGCAUGGCGUCGAAGCAGGAGGCGGACACUGACACGCAGGACCUCCCCGCCGCCAAGCCUUCCCUGAAGAGCGUCGGCACGGGCAGCCAGGCGGCGGACUCCCCCCCGCACCGUCUCCAGAACAACGGCGAGGGCAGGGCCCCGCGGCCGCUGACCAGCCGGACCAGCUCCGCCUCCUUCUCGGAGACGCUGGACCCCGCCCUGGACCCCUCCUCCCUGCCCCCGCCGGACCCCUGGCUGGAGAGCGGGAACGGCAGCGCUCCCUCCGGCCCCGCCCCUCCGGGGGCGUCGGCCUGCCGGCGCGACGGACACUGGUUCCUGAAGCUGCUGCAGGCGGAGACGGCCAGGAUGGAGGGCUGGUGUCAGCAGAUGGAGCAGGAGACCAAAGACAACCAGCUGACGGAGGAGGUUCUGGGGAAGAUCCGCAGCGCUGUAGGAAGCGCCCAGCUGCUCAUGUCCCAGAAGUUCCAGCAGUUCCGCGGCCUCUGUGACCAAAACUUGAAUCUCAGCGCCAACCCGCGGCCCACGGCGCAGGACCUGGCCGGGUUCUGGGACCUGCUGCAGCUCUCCAUCGAGGACAUCAGCCUGAAGUUCGACGAGCUCUACCACCUGAAGUCCAACGACUGGCAACUGGCCGACUCCCCCGAGAAGAAGGAAGAGAAGAAGCAGCCCCCGCCGGUGCCAAAGAAGCCCUCGAAGGCCAAGGUGGCGGCGGGGCGGGAGAAGGCGGGGCAGCCGGACCCCUCGACGGACAAGCAGCGGCAGGAGGCGCGCAAGCGGCUGAUGGCGGCCAAGCGGGCGGCAUCGGUGCGGCAGAACUCUGCCACGGAGAGCGCCGACAGCAUCGAGAUCUACGUCCCCGAGGCCCAGACUCGACUCUGAGAACGAGGGAGGGAGGGAAACGGAAAGACGGAGGCCAUCUUGGCUCUGGUUCUCGGCGGGAGGUGCGCGGAGGUGUAGGCUGGUCCCUGAGGCAGCCCAAAGAGCAGGAGGAGGAGGAGGAGAGACGACGAUCCAGGAGAGGGUGGAGGAGUACACGCAAAAAAACAAAAAAAACUCAAACUAAAACUAAAAAAAGAAAAACACUCCUUUUACAUGGCUGCCAUGGAAACACCUCAAGACUUUUAUUACUGUUGGUAUAAUUAAUAUUAUUGUUAUUAUUAUUACUGUCUCCUAAGCUAUUAUCAGACUUAUGUCUUACAUGUUAUAAGAUCUGAAAGGAAUGAGUCCACCUCCCAGAGCUGGGUGGACUGAAGUAUCAGUAUCCAAUCAGCAUCCACACGCCCCUCAGCCCCGCCCCCCUAGCAACUGCUUCCUACACCCUCAUUGGCACAUCAGCCCCUUGCAAACACACACACAUACGCGCACAUGCAUUUGCUACCCAUCAAUCCUGUCUUCCUGUAGCAGAUUUUUGUGUCAUAGCUGCCGGUCAUGGUGAGUGUCCUUUACUCACGUUUAGACAAGGAUCAGGUCGUUCUAUUACUCUAUUAGGGGGGGGUAACAAUUUGUUUUUUUUGUGGGAGACGAGACUGUCUUUGAUCGUCAUUCCUUCUGCUGCCAGUGCCCUGCAGACUCAGGCAGCUGCUCCUACAUCCUGCCAGUGCGCUCUCUCUCUCUCUCUCUCUGUCUUUCCCUCUCCCCUCCCCUCUUCUUUUCUCUCUCUCUCUCUCUCUCUCUCUCUCUCUCUAUCUCUAUCUCUCUUUCUCUGUCCCCCCUCUCUCUCGGCUGUCCUCCCUCUUUCCUGCUCAUGCCAGUGCUUGCUCUCUCUCUCUCUCUUUUUGUUAAAGCUCAAAAACUCUCUGUCUGUCUCUCUCUCUCCCACCCUACGCCGAUGGUCUCUCUCACUUUUUACUGACUGUCCUUGGUCUCCCGUGACAUAGCGGCAGCCCUCUGAUUUUAAUACUGUGUUUAACUGACGCACACACGCACAGACACACACACACACACACACACACACACACACACACAGGUACACAGCCACACAGAGGUGCAGGUUGACAGCAGACGGCUUUCCUCUUCUCAGGCACCGCUGCCCACAGCCCAGCCGGGCGUUUUCCUCACGGCCAAAGCAUACUGCAGAAACACUACACCGACUGACAGCUGCGCGAAUGCCGUGGCACUGAAGGCAACGGAAGAUAACCUGUCUUUUUUUAAAUUGUUUUUGUCCUCAUUUUGUAUUUUUCAGUAACCUGAAGGUGUUGCACACGCACAUAUUUAUUUUACACACAGUGUAUGACGGACCGGUUGAAGAGUCUGCCAGUUUUGGAUAAUCCGUAACAUCGUGAGCACCGUUUCCUCGCACACAUGCAACCUCUCGUUUGUUAAUGUGUCAGUCUGUGUCCGCUCAUACUGACCUUGGUACCAAUCACUUUAGGGAAUCGAGUGUGACUUUUUGAUGGAGUUUCCCUGAAGAGAGAGCAUGAACUCCCCCUGCUGGUUGCCUAUUGCACUGCAUCCCUCUUGACUCUGAGACACAGGGAGUACCAGAGGGCAUGGGAUAAGGGCGGUGGGGGUGGGUGCCAUGUUUGGCAAUUGGGGUUUGGGGGGGGGGGGGAUGUGGCUGUGCACACAUCCUGCCAUUAAUUUUUAUUAUUAUUAUUAUUAUUAUUAUUAUUAUUUUGUUCUUGUUUUUCUCACAUCAAGCAGACCACUGACAUGUACCUCUCAUUGUCAAAAAGAAGUCAUUAAACAUCUUUUGAUACA